AUGUAUACAUUACGCAAAACACCAAUCACACCUCGCGCCACCGCCAGCACGUCAGAUCUGCGAGAGGGAUCGUUGUUUCCAGACGGCAGCGGUCGAGCCCCGGUCCCACAUGUGCCCGUCAAGCAGAUCACAAAAUCACCAGCACACUCAACUGCCACCCCAACAUGCCGUCAUAAAUCGCCACUGAAGCGCAAGGGCCGAAAUUUAAUGGAGUUCUUCAAAGCCGAGCGACCAAAGCCUGGGCGGAUGGUUGUCCCAAAGUUCUUGACACGAUCGAAGAGUCGGCAGCAGCUCUUCGCCGAAAAAACA